AUGGUCGACGCGUCGAAACGAUCGAGUGAUGACGUAGACGACGUCGCCGUGUGCGUUGACGACGGGGUGAAGAUCGAGGACGCGUUGCGCGACGAACGUCUACUCGAUGCCUAUCGCACGUUUUCUUCGAGCGCGUCGACGUGCGACGACCGAUGGGGACUCGCCGAGACGGGUAGCGCGGCGGAACGAUGGAUGUGCGCUCUAAAGGAAAACCCGACGGGGUGGACGCGGCAGAAGUCCAUUGUACAGACGCUUUCGGCGUCUUCUCUGAGCUCGCUCACGUCGAGCGUGUUCAGCACCGUGCGCGCCGACUCAACAGGUUCAGACGCAUCGUCAACAGCUGGAAAAUCAGGCGAAAGAACUCGCAUAUAUUAUAGGUGUGACUCUAAGCGAACGCUUUCAGUUCGCGUCGAGACGGUCAUCGCACGCGAUAUGCUCGUGCCGUUGCUCAGUGUGCUGAACGAGAGCGAACUGUAUUCAAGCUGGUUGCCGAAGUGGACUUCGCCGACGCGGCUGGGCGUUCGGGAAUCGGUAAAAGUCGCUCAGGUGGGUCGGUGCUCGCAACUCGUCAUAAUCACGUGUGACGCACCGUGGCCACUGGAGACACGACAAGUCGUGCUCGAUGCAGUUGCGUUCGAUGACAUGGACGCGAACGGCGACAUAGGCGUGUUGUUGAGAACGCGAGACUGUGAUACCGAUACGAGAGUGCCACCAAAGCCGUCGGAUGAAGAAAUUACGAGAAUUGAAGUUGAUGGUGCAUUUUUAUUCCGGCGCGUUCCGAGCGAGUGGGCUAAAGAUGUUGGAGGAGAAGUCACGAGCGUCGCGCAAGAUGACAUUCUCGUCAGUUUUGGAUUCACCGUCGACCCAAAGCUCGACUACAUUCCGACUUGGCUGCUCAAUUUCAUCGUUCGAACCGUCAUUGGAACUCUGUGGGGGGCGUUUAUUCGCGUCGCUGAAGAAGUACGCGACGGAUUGAGACCGGCACACGCCGAAGUUAUUACAAAGAAGCGCGAACAUUUGUACGAGUGGGUCGAGCAACGCGCAUCCUGCAUGUUCACUAUUUGA